AUGACAUCUGAGAAAGCGUUGCUCUGUUCAAACACUGAUGAGGUACUACAAGCACGAGCAGAAUAUCCGGAGACGCACAGUUUCCAACUAUAGACGGAUCGCUAAAAACAAAACCUAGUUCAUUGGAAUUCACAUAGGUCAGUAAACGAAGGCACGGACAAAUCUCUUCAGCUGGGGUGGAAGAGCGACGGCUGUUUAGAAGAAGGAACCAGAGAAAAACAGCCAUGACCGAAUACUACCAGAUCUUAGGUGUCCAGAGAAACGCUUCGGCCGAGGACAUUAAAAAAGCGUACAGAAAACUAGCACUAAAGUGGCAUCCAGACAAGAACCCAGACAACAAGGAAGACGCAGAGAGGAAGUUCAAAGAGCUUUCAGAAGCCUAUGAGGUCCUGUCAGACGCAAACAAGAAGAGCCAGUAUGACCGGUAUGGUAAAGAAGGCUUGGCUGGAAACGGAGGCAGAGGAGGGCAUUAUCACAACGGUGAUCACUUCAGUGGUGGGUUCACAUUCCGUAACCCCGAGGAUGUCUUCAGGGAAUUCUUCGGAGGUCGAGAUCCAUUUGCCGAUUUCUUCGCAGACGACGACUUCUUUGGUGGGGGACACAGGCAGCGGGUGGUGAACCAAAGUAGGACCGGAGGAUCCUUCUUCCACGGAUUUGGUGGCUUCCCCCCCUUCGGGGCGGGCUUCCCAGGGUUUGGUUCAGGUGCGCUUCCCCUGCAGCACGGUUUCACCUCCCUGGGACAUAUGGGUGGAGGAGGCUUCGCCUCGUUUUCCUCUUCAUCUUUCGGAGGUGGAGGAGGAAUGUGCUCCCGCUCGGUGUCUACCUCCACCAAGUUCAUUAACGGCAGACAAAUCACCACAAAACGGAUUGUGGAGAACGGCCAGGAGAGGGUGGAGGUGGAGGAAGACGGUCAGUUAAAGUCUCUAACCGUCAACGGUCUGGAAGAUGACAACCGGCAGCAGAACAACCUCCUUGGUCUCCCCUCCCACCAACGCUUCCUGAGGAAUAGCCCACAGAACCCCCCAGAGGAAGAGGAAGAGCGCGGCCAACAGAGCCUGGGACUCGCCAGAGGACACAUGGACACCAAGAGGAAGAAAUAUCCUUGGAGGCAGGAGGCGGAGCUCAAAAAGAAGAGAACACCUCGAUUGGCUCCUCGAAUCGGUGCCUGGUUCUAAAGCACCACCAUGGCUCCGCCCUUCCCCGUACGUGUCAUCCGGAGGGAAAGAACAUCAGUAGAUUAACACAACUCAGCCGUAGGGUUGCCAAAUUCAGGUUACUCUUCCAAAGAUUCCAGAUUUUGUAGAAAUCCCAGUUGGACGAUUCCCGGAAUCAAGAGGGAAUAAGCAGGAUAUCCGGAUCCUCCAACCACAGGUUUUCUGGAAAACCUGGGAAUUUUGGGAAAGUUACAGGAAUUUUUCAAACAAUGCCAGCCACCACUGUGCCAGGUCUCCCCUUGUCUAUCAACUUCUCAGUGCAAACAGCAAAUCUCAUUUAGCCAUCUUCUAUGCAAGACAUUAGACUUUGUCAAGGUCUGUUUUCUAUCCUCAUGGCUCUGCUGUGUUCUCUACUCAGUUCAACUUUCAUUACCAGUAGAACUGUCAGUAGAGGCCAUGGUUUAUUUAUUUUUGAAGAUGUCAGUAGAGAGGAGCAAUUCUUUUUUUUUUCUUCUGGAUUUUGCAUUCAUCACAAAUGGUAGUACCGGAGGACCUUAGCAUAAGCAUGUGCAGAUUCGGUCAUAAUUUGUCUCCUCUGAAUGGAAUUAUACAUUUUUCCUCAAAUGUACUUUCUGAAAUAUUUCUAGUUUGUUUCUUAAAGGGGCAAUCAGCAGUAGCUACAUCCAUUUCUGCUCUUAUAAAUGAAUGAUGUGUCCGCAUUGAUUCUUGAAGAAUAUAACUUAUAAAUAAAUGCCUCAUGAGCUUAGUUUAACUGUUGUACCCCAUCAGAAGUGAAAGUAUAUGGGCUCUAUUCAAUCUGCAUCGAGGAAGUUGAGCGUCACAGCGUGAUUUGACAUUUUAAAGGCAAUGUUCCCGCUUUCGCAGAGACUGCAUUCCCGGUAAACGCUGCACAUGUCGGCUCAAUCGGAAAUUACCUUUACAUUUCUAUCGCGGAAUCUGUAACGCUUCAGCUUUACAGAUUGAAUAGAGCCCUAAGCUUGUUUAACUCCAAUGUUUGUAAACAAAGUAAAUGUAAACAAACACUACAUAGCCUCAAAACAUGGUUAAAAAUAGUGUUGAUAUCAUGGCUGUUCAAUCCUUGCGUUCAUAGAUCAGUCUAUGAAUUUGAGUGGUUACAUUUCUCCAGCCCCAUCCAUCAGCUUUUUACCAAAACAGGUGCGAGUAGUGGCUUUGUUAUUGUUUCUACUGCUAAUUGCCACUUUUUAAAGGGAUGUGAUGUAGCAGAGUAAACGUAAUGGAUGUGAAUGGUCUGGAAGAGCCUGUAACAGGAAUCUAAGUGAUGAUGCCAGAGACUCUGAAGGAAAUAAAGGUAUAGGGGAGUCUUCUAAACCUUAAAGGGAUAGUUCAUCCAAGUGAUUUGGGUGAACUAUCCCUUUAAAUACCCAUUUGAGGUUAGAGACAACUGUCCAGAGACCAGAGAACUUGGCUUAUCUUAAAGGCAAAAGAGCAAAAAAAUUAAAGAAGAAUUGCUGAUCAAAAACACACUUAUUGUAAAAAUGGGCUUUAAAAAAUAUUUUUGAUUGACGUAUAAAUCAUACAACAAUAUACUGUAGGUUUUGUCUGCACUGAGUGAAAUAUUGUCACUGUCUGCACCAAAGAGAACAGUAACACCAAAGUAGCCCUUUCUCCCCCUUCUCACUUUUUCCCCCUUCUCACUUUCUCUCCCCCCUCUCACGUUCUCCCCCCUUCAAAAAGGUUUGUCACUGGGGUUUUCACACUCCACUGCUUCGGUUGGGAUGGAAACCUGGUAUGGAAGUUCCUGUGUUGAACAUGUUUAUAACUCUUUACAGAACAGUUUAAAAAAAAAAUAUUCUUUGAUUUAGUUUAUUGUCAAUUUGCUUUUAUUCAUGCCAGGGGAGAUGGAAUGCAUGCGAGUUUCCUUCUCUAUAAACACCCACCAAUAAAGCUUCAUGUCAACCAGAUAUGUGAUGGUUAUGUAGUCACAUUAUCCUUCAAUAAAGACCGAACGUAUUAGGUUC